CAAGCAUCCGUUACAUAGCCAAAAGAACAUCGACACCGAGAUACGCAAGACUUUAACGUCAAACGGCUCAACUAAAACGCCCCAAUCAUGGAAGUCCAAUUUUAGCCGCAACGGCCCGAUACUGCCCACUACCCGGCCAUACCUUCCGCCUGUCCCAUCUUCCCGUGUCCCCGCCGCUCGGUACCUGGUAGUGCAGAUGCCCUCUCGCCUCCUUGUCCGUUGUGCCUUACAUAUUAGCGACCCAGUCCCACCAACUCUGACGACACGCCGUGGUGGUGUCGCCCAGGGUUUACGUCUCGACGGGUGGACUGUUCGGGAGGAAGGAUAUUGCUACGAUUCGCACCCAGAAAACACAAACCGGUUGUGCGACCGUGAAACACAGAUUACGCUCGCCUGGCCCGCCACCUGUCAGUUACCACCCAUUCCCCAGACCACAUGUCGAGGUGUUUGUUGUUGUGCCUGCUCGCUCCCCUGCAUUCGGCCUUCAAGGUAUCUAGCGAGCUCUCGAAGCCGAAUUCCUUGCCCAGGGAUCUUCCGCAUGAGCCAAACAGGGGAAGACAAGGCAGCCACAACGGAUACCCGUGGACACGACUCGGACGAAGCGGCUAUCCGACCGGGGGUGGUUUCUCCGCGCUUGACACAUUCAGCUACAUGAUGACAAAGAGGUCACUUUCGCAAACGAAGAGCAGUCGGUCGGGAAUGACUUUUUGGCAACGUUCCGUCUCGCGAAUUCUAAUUGACGGAUGUACUCGUUGUACCUUUGAAAUGUCAAAGCUAGCUUUCUGUAAAAGUU